AAUAGCGCGUGCGAGAUGACGCGCCGGUGAAUUUUGUAUUUUAAUAAUUGACGUAAUAUAUUAUUUGUGUGCACAUUUCAUUGAAAGAUUUCACAAUGGCCGAUCAAGUUGAUUCAAUGUCAGACGCGGAGCUCCGUACAAAACUAGCCGAGCAUGGAUUCCCCGUGAUGCCUAUAACGGCUUCUACGAGAAAAUUGCUCGUGAAAAAGUUGAAAAUGGUACUCGACAACAAGAGUAAGCCUCGUAACAGCGUCGACGGUAAGGUCGAGAGUAGACGGUCUCUCGCGCGGUAUUCCAGCGGCGAGGAAUCUGACAUUGAUACUAACAUUGCGAAGGAAAAGCGAGGUCGUCGCGCCACCACCGGCGCGGCGAUGCUGCCUCCGGUCACUAAGACACGACGUACACCAGUAAAGAAGGAUUCUUCAAUGAAACGCGAUUCCGACAAAGGUUCAGAGUCCGACGAGGAGAAGUCGCCCGUCCGUACACACGAGGAGGUAGAAACGGUCACCACCCGUCGCGUGACACGCACGUACGCCAAUGAUCAGGACGACUACGAAACUGGCUCGGAUAGUGACGUAGACGCCGAUAAAAAGACCACCAGCCCUUUCAGAAGCAAUUCGAGAUCAAGCGAUUACAUAUCCAGCACAUUGCCGACCCACGAUGCCUCAACUAGUCCACCCAAACCGUCAAUUUUCUCUCGUCCCUCUGUAUCUCGAACUUCUAACUUUGGAUCCAGUUUGUCAUCUUCUGACCAGUUGAACUCCAUUAGGUCACGCCUCGGCCUCACCUCCUCCCUAGCAGACAGCCCCUCGGGUGGCAACUACACAUCAAAUUAUUCUUCCACCUAUGCCACCAAUACAUAUCGGCCCUCCACAUCCACUAUAGAUGAAGUUGAAUCUCCUUAUUUAAGCAAUUUCACUCGACGCUUGUCCUCCCUUAAACCCGAGCCCGCCAAGCCGACUUCAUACCUAGAUCGAGACACUAACAAUGGCAGCACGUUCACCCCUCGGAGGACCUACAUCACUGGUGUCGCCAGAUCUGACAUAGUCGACUACAAGUCGGGCAAUGACAAAAAAUUCUUGAAAAAUAAUAUGGUUUCUCUCGCAUUAGUCGGUCUUGUCGCACUUUUUUUUUUUUGUGUUUUUUUUAUGUACAUAGUUAAGAAAAAUGAUAUCACUUCAGUUGUGGACGACCAGAAUAGUAUCAUACCGAUAUGUCAAAGUAAUAUACCAGGAAAUAGACCAGGCAUAAACUGUGUAUCCAAGGGACAAGUGACCUAUGCAAAAGAUCUGUUCAAAGUCAUUCAUCCAGAACUCACUUCCCGGGCAGUGAAUUAUAAAUGCGGCAAGCCUGGUGCUAUGCCGUACCUGACAGAGAGAGAAAUCAUCGACAUAGCCCGCACCAGGGCAGAGGCUAUAGAUAUCAGUCAAUGUAGAACAGAUCUGAACAAUUUGGAAAUUUUGUUGGUUCACAACCCCCAGUGGGGCGUCAAUGUUGUUCAACUCAAAAGCUUGUACACAAAGGACGUGGAAUACUCCCCUCUCACUUCCACUGACGUAGUUGUUGUAGAACGCAACAAAGGCACUGUCGCUUUAGCUCUCGCCGAUCCCUCCACACCCAUCUCAUGUUUAUUUGUCAACACCUUAUACUCCGCUGGCUCGACGUUCAUCAUCGUUGGCAUAUUAGCUGUACUAGCACUCGGUUUGCAAAGAGCUUACAAGUUGUACAUAAGUUACAAGCAAAAGAAGAAUGAAGAAAUUUACUCUAUGGUGGAGCAAAUUAUUGACGUGAUUUCCCAGGAGACGGAGGACAGUGGCGAGCCGUACAUAUCUGUGGACCAUGUGAGGGAUACGUUAAUAUCUCCUCCGAACAGGGAAAAGUUAGCUUCCACCUGGGAUGCUGCGGUUAAGUUUAUUCAGAAAAAUGAGAGUAGGGUGCGGAUGGAGGUGCAGUCUGUGGAUGGAGAGGAUUGUAGGGUGUGGCGAUGGAUAGCGAGCAGCAGUCCCAAACGCAGCACCUCUUGGCAGGGACAGGCCUUCGAAACACAGGAGGGUUCCGUCAACAACCUUACAGUAUCACCAACACCUUGCUUGAAGAUCCGUCACAUGUUUGAAAAGAACGAUGCUAAUCCAAAUCUAAGGACGGUCAUUCAAGACGUUAUUCUGGAGAAGUGUGAGCACUGCAACAUCCUCCACAUCGAUGUAGAGAGAACAUCCUGUUGCGUGUACGUGAAAUGUGCAAGUCCCACCGAUGCUGGUAUAGUCUACAAGAGCUUGCAUGGCUGGUGGUAUGAAGGCCGCCUUAUCACAGUCAAAUACCUCCGUCUAGAGCGAUACAUGCAAAGGUUUCCAUACUCCCCUUCUUCUGGCCCGUAUUUGAAACCUUCCCGGGCACAACGGUCCUAUGACGAAUAAACUUAGCGAAUAAGUGUUAAAUAAGAACUUUCAGAAGCAUUUUU